AUUUGUCAUUGUCAAAUUCUACAAAGGCUACAAAUAUGACUUUGCAUCUGAAAUAAACUUCAGUGUGAAAAAAGACUGCUACUGUAAUCAACUGAAAGUUGGUUUAUAUAUUUUACUGAGUGUGAAAGGUCCUUGGAGCAAAGUUGGCUACAAGUAUGAUGUCAUGCAGAUGACAGAUGAAGUCUAUCUUGUAAAUUAUAAUUCAAGAAAUGAAGGAAAAAUUGAAAAGAAACUGAAGUAUUGUGAACCUUACUUACCACCGAUCCCAUCCACAGAUUGCCCUUCAGCUCCUUAUUCCUGUCUCAACUGCCAUGAGUACUUAGACUAUAAACUGGAGGAAAUUAUUUGUACAUUUGAUUUCAUUCUGAAGAUUGAUAUCAAGACGCUUCCCGAUUCAAGAUAUAAAUAUUUCUGUGGAAAGUUUGUAAUAGUCAAUUUCUACAAAGGUAAUGAACAUAAUUUUGCAUCUGAGAUCAGCUACAGUGUGAAAAAGUCCUGCUCUUGUGAACAACUAAAAAUUGGUAAGUUUUGGUGGAUGAAUGUUUAAGUUUAUAAAACUUGCUGAUACUUUAGGAGAAACGUAUUGUUCUUGUAUCACUAUUUAACUCAUACCACCCUGAUAGAUGCAUACCAUCUCGAGGG